UCACCGGCCAUGAUUGGGCGGGUACAUUAAUGUGAUACAGCCUACGGGGAGUGUAUUGGAUGAACGCAAAUAGCAACAAUCACCUCUUACAUUAAUUAUCCAGUACCAGUUGCGCAACGUUGGACAAUAUGGCUAAACGUGUGGCUGUGGUAACGGGCGGAAACAAGGGUAUCGGCUUUGCCAUCGUCAAAGCGCUCUGCGAGCAGUACGAGGGUAGCGUCUACCUGACAGCUCGCGAUGUUACUCGGGGCAUGAAGGCAGUGGACCAGCUGCAAAAGCAGGGCCUCCAGCCGAAGUUCCAUCAACUUGACGUCGCCGACGAUGAGAGCGUCACAAACUUCCGGGAUUACUUGAAGGCCACUUACGAUGGCCUCGACGUUCUCGUCAACAACGCUGCCAUAGCGUUUAAACAUGCUGCAACAGAGCCCUUCAGCGUCCAGGCCGAAGAAACACUGCGAGUAAACUAUUUCAGCCUGCGUAAAGUGUGCACCGCUCUUUAUCCGUUACUCAGACCGCACGCUCGAGUGGUUCACGUCUCGAGCAGUGCCGGACGUCUCCGCAACAUUACUGGCGAGGAGUUGAAGAAGAAACUGUCCAAUCCAGACCUUACCGAGGACGAAUUGGAUAACAUCAUGCAUGAAUUCGUCAACGCUGCGAAGUCUGGCACACACAUUGAAGCUGGCUGGUCAAAUUCGGCGUAUGUUGCGAGUAAGAUCGGCGUGUCCGCUCUGGCUGGCAUUCAUCAGGCCAUGUUUAACGCAGAUCCGCGGGAGGACAUCGCGGUGAACGCAGUGCAUCCCGGUUACGUGGAUACUGACAUGACCAGCCACCAGGGACCUUUAACGCCGGAUGAAGGAGCCAUAGGGCCCGUUUAUUGCGCCUUAUUGCCAGAAAACACGGAGAUAAAGGGAAAGUACAUUUGGAACGACAAGACAUUGUCCGAGUGGAAGUAACGAGAGUGCGAGACAGUAAUAUCUGUACAGUAUUGUUACAGUAUUCCUAUACAGUCGAACCUACGUAUCGACUGUUUUUGUUCGAACAAAUCUGAUCACUUUUUCUGAUUCUUUUCUCUGCACACAUAAAUGUAUGCCUUGUUAAAGAAAGAUAAGAUUAAGAUAAAGAUUAAAAAAAGAGAUAAUAAAAAUAACGGUAUGAGGAAAACGUAAAACCGAAUAUUUGUUACAAAGUUUUUAUGUGUAGAAUAUUACAAAGUUUUUAUGUUCAAUAAAGAUUUAUAAUAAUAAA